AUGGGGGUACCGAAAUUUUACAGAUGGGUGAGCGAGCGUUAUCCAUGUCUCAGCCAAGUCGUUUCGGAGGCACAGGUGCCCGAGUUCGACAACUUGUACCUUGAUAUGAAUGGGAUCAUUCAUUGCUGCUCUCAUCCCGAUGACGACGAUGUCAUGUUUCGGAUCAGCGAGGAGCAGAUUUUUACGGACGUUUCUGCGUAUAUUGAUAUGCUGUUCAAAAUCAUUCGCCCUAAACGUGUCUUUUUCAUGGCAAUUGAUGGUGUUGCUCCACGCGCUAAAAUGAACCAACAACGAGCAAGAAGAUUCAUGUCGGCAAGAAAUGCGGAAUUUGCGUUAAAAGAAAGCCAUCCAGACGGAGUAGAGUAUUCCCGAAGGAAGUCGCUU